CUGACCAGCCCCGGUGCCCGUUUUUCGGCAUCCGGCUCAUCGCCCCGUAGCGAUCGCCGUUAAAUCACGGCUCAGCCUCGGUCAAUAUAUUGACAUAAUCGCGGUUGGACCGGUCACAACCCCCCCCCCCCCCCCUCCGCCCCGCUAUUUUCCAUAUGAGAGGAGUGCACGUCCUGCGAAGGGAGGGGGAGAGGAAUGAGGGAUCGGGGGGUAGGGGGGUGACCGUGAUACUGCCUCAUCCGUGUAACUGGAGACUAGGGGCUCAGCCAGCUCCGUGCACACAGCGUGCGAAACCAAAAAGCCGAGCGCUGAGCCAUCGGGGCGAAGGAGCGAGAGAAACCGGGGGAUAAAGAAGGACGGGAGGAAACGGAGGCAGUUCAACGCAGGGCAGCGACCGAGAGAGAGGGAGAGAGAGAGAGAAAAGGAAAUAAAGAAGCGAUGCCCAGUAUACAGUUCGCAUCGUCGCAGAACGUGACCAUGCUCCCAACACAAUAAAGCCAUCGGGAUAGGACUGGGGCUAAAUAAAUACCCAGAAAGCUGGAAACUCCGUCGACAGCCGUGGUACGGUCAAAAUGAAGAAGAGCAAUUCGGCCAAACGGGGCCCGCAGGAUGUCAACCAGGCGUCGUGUCAGCCAGACAAGACGGGCUGGAUCCGCAAAUUCUGUGGCAAAGGCAUUUUCAGGGAGAUAUGGAAAAACCGCUACGUGGUGCUGAAAGGCGACCAACUCUUCAUCUCCGAGAAGGAGGUGAAGGAUGAGAAGAAAAUUCAGGAGGUGAUCGACCUGACAGACUACGAGCGCUCGGAGGAGCUGCGCAAGACCAAGAGCCGGAGCAAGAAGAACCACAGCAAGUUCACCUUGCUACGUUCCAGGCAGCCUGGGAACACAGUGCCAAAUCUCGUGUUCCUGGCUGUUAGCCCCGAAGAGAAGGAGUCCUGGAUCAAUGCUUUGAACGGCGCCAUCACGAGAGCUAAAAACCGCAUCCUGGAUGAGGUCACCGUAGAGGAAGAGAGCCUCCUCGCCCACCCGACACGCGACCGCGCCAAGAUCCCCCACACGCGGCGCCUGCCUACGCGGGGACACCUCAUGGCCGUGGCAUCCACCUCGACGUCGGAUGGCAUGCUGACGCUGGACCUCGUCCAGGAGGAGGAUGCGACCUCACCGGCAACUGAGGGGCAGGACAGCUGUGAGGGAAGCUUCCGGGUCGAUCUGGACAAGUCCAUGGCCCUGCUCACCAAGCGGUCCAACAGCGAUGGCUGCCCUGCAACGCCAGUGGCCUCCGAGGCCAGGGGAAAGUCGGACAGCCUUCCCCGGCAAGAGGGGGCAGCACACACCCCCGAGAAAGUCCGCCGCGCCUCAUUGGACGAGAUCCUCAUCUGCCAGGCUGGGGCACGGCCUGCCUCCCCCACCACCUCCACCUCAGAGCUACAGGACCUCAUAGCCCAGAAGCUGGAGAGGACUCGGGAGAUGCUGGCGGAGGUGCGGGUCGCGGGGCCCGAGGGCACGGACUCAGACUCGGGGGCCGACCGAGCGGAGGUGGAACGCCUCCUUCAGGAGGCCGCCUCAGCCUGGGGCCAGGCCCGGCGUGUCCUGGAGGAGGUCAGGGGACUGCAGGAACUGUACCGGCAGCUGGAGCAGAGCCCCGCCACUCCCCUGAGCCCCUCGCACACUCCAGGGCCCAAGAGCCCCCUGCUGGCCGACUACAGGAAGAGCAUGAUGUAAUUUGUGAACAAGAAACCGAAUAAGAUGCGACAUUCUGAGUGCAGCGGAGAGGAAGACAAAGAGGAGCGUGACAGGCGGGGGGGGGGGGGGGGGGGUGACAGUAGUCUGCACGGGUCUUUUUUACUUUUCACCGUGACAGAAUUUGUACGUAGCUUCUGGGUGGGCACCUCUGACCAUAGGUCACUCGGCUGUUCCGUCGAGCCCCCCAUGAUUUAGGGAAAGAUGGAGCAUCAAGCCGAGCCGCUGCUUCUCAUGCUGGGGGUCUUUAUGUCCUCGGCAUCGGCACGAUUUCCUCCGCAUCGCUGCAUCCCGCAGUGCCACUUGUUUUUUAUUCCAGGGAUCCCCUCCCACCAUCAAACCCCCCCCCAAUAACCCAGCAGGGUGAUGAGCACUAUUUGUCUGCAUCCCCCCCGGCGGUGAAUACAAGUACCCAGACAGAAGGAAGCCUUUGGCCUAGUCGCUCAUUAAAACUGCCACGGCAACCUGCCGUCUGGCCGGAAUGCCGAUGUUUUCCUUUCUCCGUUGCAUCACAGACAGGAUUGGGCUGUGUGACCCCCCCCCCCCCUUUACCUUGUUCCCAGUGCCUGUAGGUUUUCGUUUGGAAGAGUUGGGCAAGGAGAUGGGGGGGGGGGGGCAGAGUACUAUCUGGAUGAUUGAACAUGUUCAGUGCUGCUCCUGCCUUGUCUAGCCUUUGUCACAAGAUUUUUACAGCCGGGCAGGAGCCGCCGCGACAGGCUACAUGUGGUGCCGAACGCGCGGGUCUGUGGAGCGGCCAGGCACCUUUCCCGCGUUCCAGUCACGCUUGUUUUUCCCCGCAUUCACGACGAUUCAGACAAAGCGAGAAACUACGCACAACGUCGCCACCGUUCACAGAAUCUUGCCUGUUAAAAGCUCAUUUGCAUCCCUGAGAGUUUAUUUGAAUGUGUGACAGAUGAAAGCAAGCUUGCCUCUGAAUCGCUGAAGUGAGAGAUAAUUAAGGACAUUAAAAAUAAUACCAGGAAAUUAUUUAGUAAAUACUGGACGUGAUUUUAAAAUCAGCAGGACCAAUAAAACCUUUGACGAAUCUAGAACUGGUAACUUUGAUUUGAUAUUACUAAUGAAGAAUUACAAAGAGCUAAAGGCCUUUUCCUCUUCGGUAUCAAUGAGUUAAUAUAUGGUUUAUUGCUGGACUCCACUAUCCAGCAUCGUGAUUGGCUACAUUAAAUGCUCUGUGGUUGUUGCAGGCCAUGUUUGAAGUUGAAUGUGAUUGGCUUAAUGUAAUACCCUGAUGCAUUGUAGGUAGACAUAUAGGUAUGUACCAGUGAAUCAGGUCUGAAUGUCAUUUUUACUUGCUCUGUACUGGGAUUUGGUUAAAUACAGACCUCGCUCUCUCAGCACAAAAUGCCAUGUUAGCAUCUCCUCCUCUGUGAUUUUUGUUUUACGAUCCACGACUCUCAUAAGCACCAACGCAUAGCUGUGUGCAGAUCUCAAAGUUUGGAAAGACCUUGUGCCCCUUUGUGAGAGUCUGCUUUGCCUUAGAGAGGGGGAGUAUCAGAUGACUGGGAUGUUCUUCCUUUGAAGUAGCACCAAACAGCAUUGGAUGUCAUCCAUAAGGUGCGGUGAUGUCAUCCAUAAGGUGCGGUGAUGUCAUCCAUAAGGUGCCCAAUCUGGUCGUCUAUAACUAACGCUGGUAAACUACACUGGGAAUGUGCACAAAGCAGCUAAUCUGCGAAGCUCCCGUCUGCAUAAAUUCAUCUGAGGGGGAGGCACUCGUCAUCUGUAAUUGUUUCUGUGAGCUGUGAGUAACCAGCCAUUAUAAGAUCAUCAUUUACUACCAUAAGGAGGAUUUUCAAAGGAUUUAUUAAUAGAUCUGGACGGUUUAAAGUGGCCGGUCGGAAGGCUGAUCCUGUAUCUGCAAGCCAAGCUUAGAUAAGGCAACCUGUGUAGUUUACAUGUAUUUUAUACAGCCAGGUUCUUUAGGGGAGUGUUUGAGGUUGUAGUUAGAUUGUGUUUCUGAAGGGUGUGACAGUUCCGUCCCUUCUGGGACCUUGGCAGGUGGCCCUUUGACCACUAUCCCUGUUCUUUAAUGCUGCGGUCCGUUGCUACACUACCGUAUAUAAAUAAAAGUUUCUUUUAUUGAACAUCAUCGUCACGCCGGUCAGAAAGCGCGGGGGGGGGGGGGGGCUGUGAUUCUUUCGGCAGGUCCAAACCGAAAACAUUACAGCUGCUAUUUUUGCCGGUUUAUAUUCCUCUUGGUUUCUGCGCUGCCUCAAUGCACAUGAGGGUGAACGUGCCCGAUUCUCAUUCGUUUGGGUUCUGUUGCCGUGUCAGUGAGAUUCAUGUUGUGUGCGGCAGUAAAAAAAAAAACAGCUUCUGCAAGCUGGCUAGAACCAUUGUUUGUCCUCUGGAUCCACUGGCACCGCAAACACUUCAUCCAAACGUAAUUCACACUUAUAGACAGACUGGGACAGUCUUCUUCACAGACUUCGGUCAAGCCGGUUGUUUACCGGAGAGGAUGGGAUUGUGAGAAUUAGAUCCAGACUCAGAUUAGAAGUUAGAUCAGACCCCGGGAACUUGUCACCUCGAUCUGGCCCAGUUUGCAGUAAACUGAUGUUCCCCAGUGAUAAUGGUGUACUGAUACAGACCACAUUGACAAUGGACCUCCAAAGUUUCAUUUUUUACACAAGCCUGGAGUCGGUGCCGAUGUGUUUCUCAACGAGAAGAUGAAUCGACUGGCUGACGGUCCGAAACGAGGCAACAGCCUGAUUGGUUUCCGACAAAUCCUGGAAAAUUCAAGGGAGGUGGUCAAACAGCUUGAACCUGUGAAUCUGACUGAAAAUGAUGUUCCGUGGAAAACAAUCGAAAAACGACACGAUAAAUUUAUAUAAAAAAAAAAAAAAUGUGAUAAUGGUAAGUGAAGGACAAUGAUACACUACAUCAAUACUACAUCCUACAUCAGAGGCUUACAUGAAUUAAUAUUUUGGCAUUAAUCAUACUAUUGUUAUGGUUAAUGUAUUGAAAUAUUUUGUAUGAUAACAAAAAAACUUUGCCAAUGUAAUCAUGGAUUUUUCAGCAGGAUAUUUUGGUCGCAAAUUGUCUCAUUUUACUUUUUUUUAGUGAAAUGUCUUCCAUUCAUGUUUUAUGUCUUCAGUUUUGCUGCUUUAGGUUUCAUCCACGGUGUGGGGGGUGUUUAUGAAAGCUUUGUAACCGGUCUGGCCGUACACAGGCUCCCUAAUGGCAUAGAAAAUGUAGAGGAGUGUUACUCAUUUUUUUGAUAUAUAUAUGGUACAAACGUCCAUUAAAUUGGGCACAAGGAUUGUAAAAUUGGACUGGUUUGUUCGACAGUGACUGGGAACUGAGAGUGCUGCUCCAGAGCACAUGCUCCUGUCUUUCAGGGUCUAACGUGAAUAAACGUGCUGUAAAACAAA